CGCGCGGAUCCUCACGGGCGCAUGCGUCGUGGGUGCGAGCGGCGGCGGCCAUGGACGACGAGGAGGAGACCUACCGGCUCUGGAAGAUUCGCAAGACCAUAAUGCAGCUGUGCCACGACCGUGGCUAUCUGGUGACUCAGGACGAGCUGGACCAGACGCUGGAGGAGUUCAAAGCCCAGUUUGGGGACAAGCCGAGUGAAGGGCGGCCACGGCGCACAGAUCUCACUGUGCUGGUAGCCCACAACGACGACCCCACUGACCAGAUGUUCGUCUUCUUCCCAGAGGAGCCCAAGGUGGGCAUCAAGACCAUCAAGGUGUACUGCCAGCGGAUGCAGGAGGAGAACAUCACGCGGGCGCUUAUCGUGGUGCAGCAGGGCAUGACGCCUUCCGCCAAGCAGUCUCUGAUUGACAUGGCUCCCAAGUACAUCCUGGAGCAGUUUCUGCAGCAGGAGCUGCUCAUCAACAUCACUGAGCACGAGCUGGUCCCAGAGCACGUGGUCAUGACCAAGGAGGAGGUGACGGAGCUGUUGGCCCGAUAUAAACUCCGGGAGAACCAGCUGCCCAGAAUCCAGGCGGGAGACCCUGUGGCGCGCUACUUUGGGAUCAAGCGAGGGCAGGUGGUCAAGAUCAUCCGGCCCAGCGAGACAGCAGGCAGGUACAUCACCUACCGGCUGGUGCAAUAGCUGCUGCACCCACAGUCCCUGGAGACAGACAGAUAGACAGUGGCCACCAUCUGCAUCCUGCCCUGCGGGAGUACAGUCCUCUCCUGAAGCUUCCUGUGCUGGCCCUGGUACUCCCCAGGGCAGGCAGCUGCUGUCGCGGUCCACCUUCCCUGCAGUGAGAGUUCACCUGUGGAUUCACAAGGGAUGGGUCCUCAGGAAGGACAAGACCCCGGACAGAGGGCCUGGCUGAGGGCAGCAAGCGUCACAUGCUGAGCCAUUGCUCAGCCCAGCACUGGCUCCACCAUAGGUGGGGGCUUAGGGGCCGCACCUCCCACCAGCCGCUGCCUCCUCCUCCUGGAGUCUCAGCCCCCCAGCACCUCAUCCUCCCUUGAGGCGUCGCGACGCGCAGCCCACGUCACCCGCCUCCACAUCGCCCCUGCCUCUGCACCAUGAGCACUCUGCAGGCAGCCAGGUGCCAGGUCAUGGCUCCUGUGGGGUUUUCAGGUGCCACAGAAUCUUGGAUGUUCUCAAAGACUAAAGAUAUUUUGAGUAAAUAAAUUUGUCUCAAAAACCA